GUCCUCAGUCCUCAUAGUCUAUCCGUUCUUUAGACUUACGCGUGACUAAGCAAGAGAGAGUCAGUCUAACAGCGGGAGUAGCUCGUGCCGAUAGUAACUCGUGUGCCGGUUCUACUGUGAACACGCGACGACAAACGAAGAUGACGUAUUUACCUAUUGGAUGUUUGAAAAUUCAUCUUUUUAUUUUACUGACACUGGUUGCCUGUCUUUUAAAAGAUUCUUCGGCUCAAUGGAAGUAUCGCGAAGAUAAAACCAAGUGUCCUAAAGUCAAGGCUAUUCGGAAUUUUGAUAUAUCCGAGGUAAGAAUGUUUUUGGGAUCAUGGUACAUAGUCCAAUACUACGCAAGCUCCGAAGAAGCUCUGGCGUACAGAUGUAUGAGAGCGGAGCUUUCAGUCUCGCCAGAAAAAGCCGAGGUCACCAUGAACUUUACCUACAGCUUUACUGAUGACCCCAUAAACGAACAACUCGUUGGAAAUAUCACAUGGAAAAUACCAUCGCCAGAUCUUCCAGCGCACUGGGUACAUGCGGAAUUUCCAUACGAAGGCGUAUACAACACGUACGUCUUGGACUCGGAUUAUAAAUCAUGGGCACUGCUUAUGCAUUGUGCGGAAAAAAGUAAAAGUCCUCGUUACUUGUCAAGUUUCAUCAUGAGUCGUGAGAUGAAUCUUGGUAUAAACGUCAUUUCCUAUCUUCGAGAGAAAUUACCAAGGUACGAUAUUGAUUUGGAAUACAUGUUUCCCAUGGAGCAAGGUAAUUGCAGUACGAUGGAUCCAGAAUUGCAUUUCAAAAUUCCACCAGAACUUGUUGCUAAGAGGACAUAUGCAGCCAGAAGACAUCCAUUAAGGAGAAAGCAUAAACACCUUUAAUUUUGUGAAUUCUUAUUGGGAAGGACAGUUUAAUAUAUUUCAUUGACUUAUGUCCUGAAUAAUAUACCUGGAAAUUUUAUGGAAUUAAGCAGAGUGUGUAUAUGAUACUGUUAUGAGGGCGGCCAUAUUGGCAUGCUCUGGUUCUAUUUUAUUCUUCAAGGUGUAAAGGAAUUGUACAUAACUCAGAAAAAUUUCAUUGAACUUUUACUAUUUCUUAUGAAAUCAUACUCUAUGAAAAUGGAUAUACAAAUACGUAAGCGCUUAAAGUUUGCCUAUGGUUCUUCAUUUUAAUCUCAAAAUCGGUAGUACUCGUUAGUAGUAACUAUUCACUACCAAACACGUAUCUGGCUACACUAGUUUACAGUGGAAUCUAGCUCAUUUCCAUUAAACUGAUUAAUGCUGGUGAUAUAUAUUAUGAAAAUGGCAUAUUUUGAUUAAACAUUUUAUAGUUUCUUACUGUUAAUAUACUGUGUGUAUUUAUUGAUCACGGUGCGUUAUUUAUAGACUCGUUAAACGACGUACUUUAUAAGGUCUUGUCGUGGAUAAAGUAUCAAGUGAAUUAUCUGUAGCUAUGCGAUAGAUUGAUUAUCAUGAUUCCGUAAUUAUAACAAUAGCUGUAUACAGAAUUGUGUAAAUAAAACAUCAUUAUAUGAACAGACAUAGUAUAAGUGUUAUAGGAGCAAUUAUUACCGCCAGAUUUGUGAAUCGAAUAAAUUUAAUAUUUCUGUUAUAUUA